CACUUGAAAUUUUAUAUAGCAGUAAAGCAACGACAAUUCGUCGAAUAGGUUGUACAAUUGUGCCGCGCAAACGAAUUGCAAGCCAGCGUAUUUCAGACUACAGACAGCGAAAGCACCAGCGAAACACUAAUGGAGCAAUUAAAAGCGAAAUUGGCGGUGGUGACCGGCGCCAGUUCGGGCAUUGGUGCCGCCAUUGUGCGCGAUCUAAUUGCAGCCGGUUUAAUUGUUAUCGGUUUGGCGCGACGCUACGAACGCAUGGAAGCGUUGCGCCAAGAAUUGUCCACCGACGAGCAGCGUGCGCGCUUUCACGCCAUUAAAUGCAACAUUGCCGAUGGAAGGGAUGUGGCAGAGGUAUUUACGCGCAUCAUACGCGACCACGGACCCGUGUAUGUGUUGGUCAACAAUGCCGGUUGCUUUCGUUUCGGUCAAUUGGCCACGAUGGACGAGUGCGAGGUGCAGGAGGUGUUGCAAACGAAUGUCAUGGGCGUGGUCAAUUGUACACGCCAUGUGUUUGCCGCUAUGCGGGCGCACAGUAUCGAUGGUCAUGUGAUAUUGAUAAAUAGCAUUUGUGGACACAAGGUGCCGGUGAUAUCGGACGCAAUGCCGAUCUUAAACAUUUAUCCGGCCACCAAGUUCGCGUUGACGGCUAUUAACGAGAUUUAUCGGCAGGAGUUCAAAGGCUUGGGCACACGUGUGAAGGUGACGGAUGUAGAGCUGAAGCUGGUAGUUGGAAAUUCAUUGGGUUCUGAGCGUUUUGUUUACCAGAGAACCGGAGCAGCAGAGAUUUGCCCAGUAUUUGAGCUAAUAAUGCAUUCAACAAAUCCAAAGGAGGCACUUCGCAAGCAAAUAUGCAACACAAGCAUUGAAUACUGUACAGCCACACACACACAUGCGACUACUUACAAACACAUAGACAAAUGAACACACACACAUCUACACUUGCUGUUGGCCUAGUAGACAAAGCUCAAAUUGUUGGCAAAUAAUUUAAAAUCAAUUUCGUAUACUGAAUUCUUAAGUACGACUUUGCUUUGACGUGGAAGGAAGCGGCCCAAAACAAAUGAAGGAUUAAACCGGAAGCCCAGCACACGACAUGAAUAGGCAAAAGUUAACGGAGUAAAGUGUUGCAAAAUAAACACUCAAAUAAGAUGGUUGCGUUUAGAUUGUUUGCACAUUUGAAUGGAUUCAUUGAAGUAGCAUUGAUUGCCGCUU